AUGAAGUUUCUCUUGCUAGUGAGUCUUUAUCUGCUUGGAUCUGCCAGAGGAGCAGCAAGUCAGCUGGAGGAGCCUCCUGGCUCUCUGAAUCAUCCAGAUGCCGUUCAGCAAUUUUCAGGUGUGCAGGCGCCAGCUGAACAGGCUUCCGGUGAACAACCUCCUCCGGCUGAACAGGCUUCCGGUGAACAUCCUCCUCCGGCUGAACAGGCUUCCGGUGAACAUCCUCCUCCGGCUGAACAGAUUUCCGGUGAACCCGCAAAGGCUGAGCAGGCUGCGCUUGUACAAGCUGCCGGUGAUCAAGGUGCAGCUGGGCAGGCCGCCACUGCACAGCCUUCGGGGGGACAGGCUUCGGGGGGACAGGCUUCGGGGGAACAGGCUUCGGGGGAACAGCCUUCAGGCAGUCCAGCGGCAACCAGUGAAGGCCCAGGGGUAAAAUGCCACACAUGCUCUUAUAUGAGUAGUGAAGGGAAAUGCCUUCGUGGAGAGGGAUCCUGCACCAUUCAGAGUUCCCAGCAGUGCAUGUUAAAGAAGAUCUUCGAAGGUGGAAAUCUUGAGUUCAUGGUUCAGGGAUGUGAGAAUAUGUGCCCAUCCAUGAGCCUCUACUCCCACGGGACCAGGAUGCAACUUAUCUGCUGUCGGGAUAAAUCUUUCUGCAACAUGACCUAG